AUGGCGGCCGCGGGGUUCCAGUUCGUGCAGGGCACGGAGCGGCUGGACUGGGGGGUGCUGGUGGCCAUUGACCUGCAGCGGCUGGUGAAGGACACGAACGUGGACACCCUGCAGCGCAUCGUGGAGAACCUCGCCUUUGCCCGCGUCACCCGCGACGAGGCGGCGCUCUUUACACCGGAGCACAUACUGCACCUCUUCACCCUCUGCCAGCUGGUGAUUCAGUACCUGGUGUGCUCGCAGGAGUGCCUGGCGAAGCUCAACGUGCGGCUGACGGAGCGGGGGCAGGAGAUGCAGCACCGCCGCGACGCGGCGGAGGCGGAGCGGGAGCGGCUGCACGAGGAGAACGUCAUCCUGCGCAAGGAGGUGAAGGCGCAGCGGCGCACCCUGCUGGCGUACGAGUACGCCAACACCGCCGGCGGGGGGAUCUCGGCGGCGCACUCGUACGUCUGCCCGCAGUGCGGCGACGCCUAUGCGAAGAAGGAGUCGCUGCAGUCCCACAUGCGCAAGCGACACGCGGCAGCGAGGGAUGGGGCCCCGCCUCAACAGCAACAGCAACAGCAGCAGGUCGAGGCGGCGGCGGCGUACGAGUCGCAGCAGCAGCGGCAGCUCCAGGAGAAGGUGGAUCGGCUGGAGAAGCUGCUGGAGAAGGAGCAGGAACGCAAUGACCGCAUGCAGCACGACAGCAUGCUGAUGCUGAUGCAGGCUAGCAUGAGCGGGGCACGGGCGACGGCAACGACCCCGCCGCCCUCGUCGCCCGUCCCGGCGCCGGUACAACAAACGCAGGAGCCGGUGGCGCGGUUGCCGCAGGUGCAUGCCCCGCCGCCGCAGGUGGCGCCCGAGAUCUCCGCCAUCCCUGUGAUGCCGGACCUCGCCGCCCUGCAGCGGUACAACACGGCGCGGCAGCAGGAGACGGCAAACAACGCCCUGCUGCGGAAGAUAUCGGAGUUGGAGGCACUCGUGGGGGAACUGAGGAGCGCGAAAAGGGACACUGCGGGGGCGCGCGCCGCGCCUGCCCCUGAACCCAUCCGCACGGACACAACGCCCACCUUGCCGACGGAGGCGCUGCACAGACCCCCGUCGCAGCCGCAGUCGCAGCAACCGCAAACGUCCCUGUCAUCGUCGACGUACACUCCGUCGUGGCUCUCGGCGACGGGCACUUUACUGGCGGGGCAGACGUACACUGCGGACCGCGGGGAGAGGAAGCCCGCAGCCGGGCCGGCGGCAGCGCCGCAUGUGGCGCCAACUGCGGUGCCCGCUGCGGCGACGGCGCCUGCCCCCCCACCACCCUCACUGCCGCCGCCGCCGCCGCCGCCGUUGCCUUCAGCCCCCACAUCCGUCGUCGGCGCGCCUGCGGCCGCACCGUCGCCAUCACAGCCGCAAGUGCAGGCGCAACAGCAACAGCAACAGCAACAGCCGCCGGCACAGAAACAGUACACACAGUCGACGCCGUCGGCGCCCCAGCCUCUUCCGGCUCCGGCUCCGGCACCGGCUCAAGCUUCGGCUCCGCUUUCUGCUGUUGCAACCGCGCCGACGUCUUCGGGGCCUGCGCAGGCCAAUCCCCAUUACGUUAGUAGGCCCUACGUCGCGGUUGCCACGACCGCGCCGUUGAACGCACCUGGGGCUUCCCCACCCUUGCUGAGCGCGGCUCCCGCGGCGGCGAACAGCGCAGCUUCACUUAAAAGCGAGGCGUUGUUGGCAAAGUACGGGCCCCCGGGUCCGGCGAUUGUGCCGCGGGCCCUCGCCAAGCCGUCGCAGCCUCCGCCCACAGGUCCUGCGGCAGGCUCCGCGGCGGCGCCUCUGCCGGUUUGGCUGCAACCAAGCCCUCGGCAGGAUGAGAGCGGGAAGGAGCCGACGGGAAACGCUUCGAAUGCACCGCUCACAGGCACCAGCGCGGCGGGAGCAAGUGCCGCUCCGCCCUCGAUUGUGCCACAGCUGCAAUCCGGCCCUCCGCCAUCGCUGCCGCUGUAUCCGGGUGUUCCAGUGGCCGCCCCGGUGGAUGUCCCGCACGCCGCACAGCAGCAAGCGGCGCCUCCCGCGACGGCGGGCUUGGAGUCCCGACCCGGCGGGCCUGCAUAUGCGCCGCCAGCUAUCCCUUUGGCCCCAUCGUACAGCGGCGGCGUGGUGACGCCGGGGACGGGUGUGCCACACGCGGCAGCGCCUGUUAUGCGGGAGGUAAAAGCCAGAAGCAGCAGCAGUAGGAGUAGGAGUUCGUCUUUUGAGAGCAGCACCUCCUCCGACUCGUCGUGA